UAUUUGUGACCUGUCUGACGUCACAUCCUUCGUGCGCUGUUUUGCUCGCAUUUCGGAGCCAGCUGGAGAAACGGAGCGGCAGCCGGGAGCGCAGCAGACGGUUGGAAGAUGGGGAAAAUCUACCAGGUAGUGGUUCAUGGACUGAGAGGGCAGAAGCUGAUGCUCGACCUCUGCAACACCGAGGAGCAGAUGAAGACGAUGACGGUGGGACAGCUGAAGGAGAGGAUCGCUGAGAAGCUCCCUGAGACCGCAGGAGAGGAAAACCUGCGGCUGAUCUUCACAGACAAGAUGUUGGAAGGAGACAAGUCUCUGCUGUCUGAUUAUGGAAUCCAGCACAUGUCCGUCAUCCAUCUGGUGAUCAGGGUGCCUGGAGGAGGGAGUCCAUAACUGGGACCAUCUGGACCUUCUUCUUUACCU